AACUAACCAAAAUUCCUUGUAAACUACCUGGGAAGUUGACAGCUUUGUUUGUUGUAUCACGGAGUAAUCUUUUUGGUUCUCUCUCUCUCUCUAUAAAUAUCCUCAGUAGUAGUAAUCCCUCUGAACUCACUCUCUCUCUCUACCUACCUUUGCAACUUUUUGUGAGGAGCAUUAAAAUUUAGAUAUGGGUAACCUAUUUUGUUGUGUGAAAAUCAACCAAUCCACAGUUGCUGUAAGGGAGAGAUUUGGAAAGUAUGAUGAUAUACUUGAGCCAGGAUGCCAUUGUGUACCUUGGGUUACUGGAAGUAAGCUUGCUGGCCUUGUCUCACUUCGGUUGCAGCAGUUGGAUGUUCGCUGUGAGACAAAGACAAAGGACAAUGUAUUUGUUAAUGUUGUUGCAUCUGUUCAAUACCGUGUUCUGGCUAAUAAGGCUUAUGAUGCUUUCUACAAACUCAGCAAUCCUAGAACCCAAAUCCAAGCCUAUGUAUUUGAUGUGAUCAGAGGUACAGUUCCAAAGCUAGAGUUAGAUGAUGUCUUUGAGCAAAAAAAUGGCAUUGCGAAAGCUGUUGAGGAGGAGCUUGAAAAGGCUAUGUCUGCUUACGGAUAUGAGAUUGUUCAGACGCUCAUUGUUGAUAUAGAACCAGAUGAGCACGUGAAGCGAUCCAUGAAUGAAAUUAAUGCUGCUGCAAGGAUGAGGUUAGCAACUAACGAGAAAGCAGAAGCAGAGAAAAUUAUACAGAUUAAGCGAGCAGAGGGUGAGGCCGAAUCCAAGUAUCUCUCAGGACUGGGAAUUGCCAGGCAACGCCAGGCAAUUGUGGAUGGUCUUAGAGAGAGUGUCAUCGGCUUCUCAGUCAAUGUGCCAGGGACUACUGCUAAGGAUGUGUUGGACAUGGUCCUUAUCACACAGUAUUUUGACACCAUGAAGGAAAUUGGUGCUUCCUCUAAAUCCUCGGCAGUGUUCAUCCCACAUGGACCAGGUACCGUGCAUGACGUUGCCACACAGAUUCGAGAUGGGCUGCUUCAGGCCUCUCACCAACAAUCAUAAAAGUUUCAUGGAGGUUUUCCUCAGGGAUCUGAAGCAGAUAUUGUGCGUGUAAGUGUGCUCUCUUCAGCGCUUUCUAGUCUGUAGUUGGUUGUGUGUUCAAACUUUAAAUCAUUAUUCAGGUGUUUGCUUUGUUGGUAAUGCAAAUUUGAAAUUUCACAAGUUUAAGCUUGUAAUUAAAAGUUCUAUGUUAUUCCGUUAUCUGAUGUAUAAUAACUGAUUAUGCUAAGAAAUAUACAUGGUGGAGCAAUUUUAGAAGUA